GUCGUGGUCGGUUCCGCGAACCCGGUCAAGGUCCGCGCCGUCGCGGCGACCGUCGCGGACUACGGCGACGUCGUCGCCGCGGGCGCGCCCGUCGGCGGCUUCGACGUGGCCUCGGGCGUCGCGGACCAGCCCGUCGGCCUCGACACGGUCGCCGCGGGCGCGCGGGCGCGCGCGGCGGCGGCCCACGCGCGGGCCGGCGGCGGCGCCGCGACGCUCGCCUUCGGCCUCGAGUCGGGCCUCUUCGAGGUCGCCGGGCGGCACCUCGACGCGUGCGUCUGCGACGCCUUCGACGGAAACUCGCACAGCCUCGGCGUGUCCUGCGCCUUCGAGAUCCCGCCGGACGUCCUCCGCCACGUCCUCGACGACGGCAUGGACCUGUCCCAGGCGGCGAACGCGUCGGGCCUCGCGCGCGACGCGAAGCUCGGCGCCAAGGGCGGCCUCAUCGCCAUCCUCACGCGCGACCGGGUCACGCGGACCGACUACACGGCCCAGGCCGUCCGCAUGGCCCUCGCGCCC